AUGAUGGUGAGUGGAUUCUUCAUAUCUGCACUUUGUACGAUAAUAUUAGACAGAUCAAUCCUCAAGUUCUACCUAAUCACCACAGCAUCCAUCUAUUACGGAAUGGCACUGGUGAAGUCACCUGGAUCACUCUUUGAUAUAAAUGACUCAGACGUAAAGGGCAUCUGCAACAAGUGCAAUAGAAUCAGGGGAGAUAGCACCAAACACUGCACAGUCUGCAACAAAUGCUACUACAAAAGAGACCACCACUGCGUAUUCCUGGGAAAGUGUGUGGCUUCAAACAACAUCAAGGACUUCUUUUUCUGCCUGCUAUUCACGUUUCUGUACUCAAUUGCAAUGCUAUUGACGAAGCCUCAUAAAAUACUGCUUAUUUUUGCCACCACAGUCAUUGGAAUGUCUCUAUUCUGGUUUGCAACAGUCAUUAGCACAGGAAAGAGCACUAGCGAACUUCUGGAACUUGAAAAAUGGUCAUUCAGCAUCAGAUGCAUUGGAAGCCUCUUCUACGAGUUAAGAGACAGACCACACUAUAUUCUGUUUCCAUUCUUGAGAAUACAACACACCGUAGACUACUAA